CUAGACUUAGUAUUUAAAUGGUAUGAAUUGUUACUAGUUCGUAAUUUUAAGCUAACACGCCUCAUAGUUGUCGCUCUGCACUGAUAAUUGUUGUUGAUUCCAUCUUUUUCCAAUUGUAAGUGUAUUAUAUGUACUCACUGAAAUGUCGGCUAACUUUCAUAUGUUAUCUUUUUCAGUUGUCUUCACACACGCUCCCACACCAUUCACAGUACAUUCAGGCUAGACGCGAACAUUUACAAAACCUCAUUAUUGUGGGGUGAUGGACUUUAAGCAAUUUCGUGAUACUGCUGAACUUUCAGACUUUGCAGUUUACAUUGAUAAUGAGAGGUUUAAAUUGCACAAAUUUCCACUUUAUACAAAGUCUGACUACUUCAAGGAAAUAGCAAGCAGCAAUCCUGUUUGUCAGAUAAAUGACUUUCCUGGUGGUUCGAAAUCUUUUGGUGUCGUUGCUGACUUUUGUUACGGCAAAGAAAUAAACAUUACUUCUGAGAACGUGGUUUAUUUAUAUGCUGCAGCCGAUCUCCUCAAAAUGAAAGGCAAAGAUAAUUUACUCGAGAUUUCUAGGAGGUUUUUGGAUGGAGUGUUUUGUUCUGCUUUGGAAAGAAAAGACAUAUUUAAUCUGAUAUGUGUUUUAUGUUCAUCUUGUGAGAUUAAAUCGGAUGUUGGUAAGAAAAUUUGUGAAGACGCAACCACAAUUUUAAUGUCAUUAUGGCUACACAAUGAAAAUAGUUCAAAAGGUUACUUUUCGCCCCAAACCAUAAAUUUUACACAUUCAGAACGAGAAUUAUUCACUGACGAGUCAGUAUCUGAUUACCUGGCUUAUCUUCCACUGGAAAUAUUUUUGAAGAUUAUUAACAUUGCAAGAGAUCAGAAUGUAGAAGAGAAGGUUGUUUUAAGUGCUUGUGCAAAGUACUUGGGCCGGGUUCUUGAUUUCUACGACACAGAGGUCUCAGGAAACGGAGUAUCUAAAACUUCAGAUGCUCAGAAAAACACUGAUAUGAAGAACGUUCCACCUAAAGAAGUCCCUGAAUCAGAUAAAAAUAUUAUUUCUGAUCAACCAUUCUGUGGUUUAAAUGUAAAAAUAAAGUCCGACCACCAGAUAAAGCUGGAAAAACUGUACAAAGAUAACAUCGUCCUGUUUGAGAAUUUAAAAAAUACUAUAGAACAGUUCGAAAAGAUUUUCGAAACUCUGGACAAACCAAUUGAUAUUUGUGGUUUUAUUAACACUACGUGGAUUAUUAAGGCAUUACUACUGACGGAUUCAAACAGAGCAAAGUCAAAGUGCCGACUGGAUAUUUUAAAAAUAGCCAAGAAAAUGCUUACUAGCUUUUCUGAGCAAGACUUCGAUAAACUUUCACCUUCUAUAUUGAAUGAUAUUCUCAAUUCUGAUAAUAUGCAAAUAGAAAAGCCACCUCCAGAUGAAGUUAUCAGUCUUUCCAGGAGAAGCUCAAGGAAGAAAAGCUACAAAGAAGAGAUCUUAGAAAACAAUGCUACUGAAAUACUUGGUAAUCGUAAACAGAGCAAUAUCAAAGAAGCAAAUAUUGAAGAAGUUAAUGAAAAUCAUGGAAACACGAAUGAAACAAAACAUGAAAUAUUACCCGAAUCAGUAGCAAAUAAGAUAAUAAAAUAUAUGUUAAAGAAAGCCGAUGAGCGAAAGCUAACAAUGCAACAAUACAUUCAAUUGCUAAAACAGAUUCAAGUUCCAAAUCACCAGACUUCUCUAGAUAAUGACUUUGUAAAAAUCUUAAUCAAACUUACUAAAUCAGGUCAACCUCGUAAUGAAGAAGAUGCUCAAGAGAUAAUGACCCAUAUUAAUUUAAACAAUUGCACAGCUGAUACUUUAAAUGAUGCAUUAGAAUUGGAUUUGUUUCCUCCUAAGACUGUUGCUUCAGCAGCACUGUAUGUUGCUAACAAAAAACAGGAUAAUCAAAUCUUCAAUGCAUAUAAUGUUGAAUAUCCUUACACAUGGUUACCUACUUAUUAUACAAAACCAUUAAUGUUACCAUUACGUGGUAAACCUCAAUGUACUGAUCAUAUUCUACAUAGUAAUUCACAUUAUUCAAGAUCAUAUUAUCCUUCUUAUAAUAAUAAAUCACGUAGUUCAUCAUUAAAUAGAAAUCUACAAACAGAAUAUAAAUAUAAUGGUUUCCAUCCAUAUUUAUUAUCUUAUUCUACUUUUCAACCAUACUCAAAUGAAUUCAGAUAUAAUAAUAAUGCCAAUAAUAUGAAGUUCUCAGAUUCAUUCAAUAAUAAUUAUCUGUCAAGAACUACACCGCAUAAUAGAAGAUACUGUGAAUAUUCUACCUAAUUAUUAUUAUUAAUAAUAAUAAUAAUAAUAAUAAUAAUAAUAAUAAUAAUAAUA